CGGUGUACAGGAUGUAUGUAGCUGGCUGAUAUGCGGUGGACCCCAGCACUUGGCGUCAUAAGCUUGCUUAUCGGACGCGCACCAGUUCCUCCUACGCUUUCGUCUCCUCCUCUUCCCCUGGGCCUCCCAUCAUGGACGGUCGUCCAUCAAAGAGACAACGCCGAUCCACCCAUUCAGAGGAAGAUACACACAAUAAACUAAAAGCACGAUCUCCCUCCCUCGACCCAUCAACGUCCACCACCGUUGCGCUAUCAUCACGUCCCAAAACCAAGAAUCCUCGAACAACACGCGCAAGCCAAACCAAACCCACCCGAGCUCCAUCCUCAUCAGUAUCGCCCAAAAAACCAAGCUCAUCCCCUCAAACAACCAAAUCAAAAUCCCUCCACACCUUUUUCCAACCUGCAACCGACGCCCAGCGAUGGUCGGCCCAGAAAUUCGAGACCAAGCGGCCACUCGCGACUACCCCGGAAACGACCCUUGAUGCGGAUAUAAUUGAAGAUGAUUAUGAUUCCUAUGAUGAGAUAUUUACGCAGCAUCUUGCGGUGGGAGGGAAGACGGAGACACAAAUUGAGUCGCCCGUUGCUGCCCAUGGUUCUAGCAAAACACGACGGCCGGCGCCGAAGAAGACGGCUGCGACACGGUCGAAAAGUCAUAUUUCCAAGCGCUUUGUAAUGCCGCCCGAGCCGAAGAGUGGGGAUCAUCGACAAUCGCCUGCUCCGGCUUCGGUGGAGGUAGAUGGACGGCCGUGGGCGCAGCGAUAUGGUCCGGCGAAUUUGGACGAGAUUGCGGUUCAUAAGAGGAAGGUGUCUGAUGUGCGGAGAUGGUUGGAGGAUGCUUUUGCAGGGAGACGGAAAGAGAGGUUACUUGUCUUACGAGGCCCUGCAGGCAGCGGCAAAACCACCACUAUUACACUCCUUUCCGAAGCCCUUGACUUCGACUUGAUUGAAUGGCGAAACCCAUCGGUCUCGGAGUUUGCUGCUCAGGAAUAUGUUUCUGUGAGCGCUCACUUUGAGGAAUUCCUCGGUCGUGGCGACCGGUUUGGAGGUCUAGAUCUCGAGGACUCGGUUGAGUCUAGGGAAGGUCGUGAUGCACAACCUCGAAGCCAUCGCGUGCUUCUUAUUGAAGAGUUUCCAACAAUACUCAAUCGAAACUCUUCCAGUCUUGCUGCGUUUCGGGCGUCUUUGCAGCGUUAUCUUGCGGCUUCCACGGAGCAAUCCUUGGGUGGGUGGAUGCACCCGCCUAUUGUGAUGAUCAUUUCGGAAACGCUGCUAAGCUCGGCAUCAUCGAUCUCUGAUAACUUGACUGUGCAUCGAUUGCUCGGGCCUACCUUGUAUAAUCAUAUCGGCACGACUAUCAUCGACUUUAAUUGCAUUGCACCAACAUUCAUGCAGAAAGCCCUGCGAUUGGUGCUGGAAAAAGAGGCCCAGACUUCCCAGCGCUCCCGGGUCCCGGGGUCCGCGGUUCUAGACAAAAUUGCCGAUAUUGGAGACAUACGCAGUGCCCUCUCUGCUCUUGAGUUUCUGUGUCUGAAAGGUGACCAAGCAGGGAAAUGGAGCGGAAGUCUCACUAAAUCCAAAAAGCCUCGGGGAGGAUCUACCUUAACACUCAUGGAGCAAGAGUCUCUGGAGAUGAUCUCCCAGCGAGAGGCAAGUCUUGGGAUGUUCCAUGCCGUGGGCAAAAUUGCCUAUAAUAAACGCCUAGAUCCCAGUCUAAUGCCUAGUGAUGUCCCAAUCCCCCCAUCACCACCAGACCAUCUCUUUCAUCACCGUCGCGUCAAGGUCUCACAGGUCGCAGUCAACGAGCUACUUGAUGAGACAGGCACUGAUGUCUCAACAUUUAUCAGUGCCCUGCAUGAGAAUUAUCCACAGUCCUGCGAUGGUGACUCCUUCACGGAUAGUUUCAACGCAUGCAUUGAAGCGUUAUCCGAUUGUGAUAUUCUCAGCGCUGAUCGCAGGCCCUUCCAGAGUGCAAGAACAGGCGUUGGAAUCGGCGCUACUCCUUUCAAUGCCGGUGUCGAUAUGCUCAGACAGGAUGAGAUCAGCUUCCAGGUUGCAGCUCGCGGGCUUCUAUUUGCCCUUCCCUACCCGGUCAAAAGGAAACCGGCGUCGGUGGAUGGACGAAAACCUGAGAGGCAGGCCUAUCAGAUGCUUUACCCAGCCUCACUGCGACUAUGGAGGAGGACAGAGGAGAUUGAGGGUCUGGUCGAUUCAUGUCUGAAACAAAUGCUAGACCCUACUAGCGAUUCACGCGUCCUUGCCCGCGGUACUGGCUCUACCGCCGAGUUUGGAGGUGUCAAGUCAUGGAAAAAUCUUCGACUCGGAUACUCGGCUGUGGAGAAAAAUGACGACUCUCUGCAUUCGGCUGUGACCAUGAUGUCGCGGCUAGAUGCAUUGCUCCAUCAUUUGCCUUAUAUGGCCCAGAUUCGUCGCAAAGAGCCUGAUGGGUGGCAUCUCAAUCAAAUCUCGAGCAUUCAGGAUGGUCGUCUGGACGAGAGAAUGGAUGACGAUGAUGAUGACGAUGAACUCGCGCCGACAGUGCCCCGAUCUCGAGCUAAUAACAGUUUUAACGCCAAUGCAUUUGGGUCUCCUGUGCCUGCGGCAGACGAGGAGAAACUGAUUCUGAGUGAUGAUGAUAUUGUGGAUGACUGAGCCUGUCUGAUCUCAAUUGUAUAUUAAGAACGACUUUGAUAUGAAGUAUGAACAUCUUUC